UUGCAAUCAAUCAAUUUCAAUGAGCUUCUUUUGAUGGAGAAGUCCGGCGAAGGUGAGAGGGCGGCGCCGGUCAUUCUGGACCGCAAAUCGCGAGCCACCAGAGGCAAACGCCUCACCAAACUCCUCGACGACGAACUCGAACAAGACGAAGUGUUCUGGAACCAGGAAGCUCUCAAAGACGAAGCCGAAGAUGACAACUACCAAGAGGAGCAAGAAAUCGCCGACGAAUUCGACUCCGAUUUCGACGAAGACGAGCCUGAUCUCGAUGACGAACAACCUGAAAACGACGCCGUCGAGAGACCUAAGAAGAAGAAACUGUUUAUCCCAGGGAAGACGCUUGCCACCAAGAAGAAGCAGAAGCAGAAGAAGACGAAGAUUCUAUCGAAAUUGGAAACCUCUCCUUCUCCUAAGGAUGGUGAUGAUGACGAUAAAACUGUUUCCGACGAGCAGCAACAGCAUCACGACGAUGCCGCCGCCGCCGAGAGAACGAUUAGGAAGUCCACCAGAACCUCCGUCAUCGUUCGCCAAGCCGAAAGAGAAGCCAUAAAGGCAGCAUUACAAGCCACCAUGAAGCCAGUGAAAAGGAAAAAAGAAGGUGAAGAGAAGAGAAUGAGUCAAGAGGAGAUGCUUCUGGAAGCUGCUCAAACAGAGAUUAUGAACUUGCGGAAUCUGGAGCGCGUUUUGGCAAGAGAGGAAGAAGUUAAGAGGAGAGCAAUUGUGCAUAAAACUGUCUAUGAGGGUCCGCAGAUACGUUACAUUUCGAAAGAUGGUUGUUCGUAUUUGGAGUUUACUAAUGGGGCAUCAUUUCACUCAAAAAUCAACACAGCUUCUGUAAAAUAUCCAGAAAAACCUGUUUGCGUGAUUACUGGUUUGCCUGCCAAGUACCGUGAUCCAAAAACUGGACUGCCAUACGCUACAAAAGAAGCUUUUAAAAUAAUUCGACAACGCUUUCUGGAUGAAAAUGCUAACUCUAGAGAGAACAUGAGCAUAGGAGGCUUAUAUGAUUCAGUUUCUGGUUGCGGGUUUUCAAAAAAGCGGAAGAGAUCAAUGACACCAGAUAAAAACAAACAUUCAUAUGAUCGGACCUUCGCUCGCUUUCGAAGAAUUCCUGAUUCUGACGAUGAAGAUUCUGACUAGCUGCUUUGAUGUGCCUGAUCAUGAAAGAAGUCAUGGCUGUGCUACGUCAUGAUCUGGACCUCAGGUUGGGAUGUUAAUAGAGAGCGAGUAACAUGAGGCUAGUUUCAGUGCUUGCAAAGGCAUGUUGGGUCUCCUUCGACCUUCGGUAUGUAUUUUAAAAUAUGACCUUGCCUUGUAGGGGAAAAAAGGAAUAAGAAGAAGAAAAUUGUCCUCACUGCAGAAGGAUACAUGAUAUGCCAAAAGUUCCUUUUACAAUUUGUCAUUUACAUAGUUUGCUUGGGAUAAUAGAUCUCUUGUGGGGGUUGUAAGUUUUCAGACCUUGCACUGAAGUGUAACUGUGUAUAGAUUGAAACAAGUAGUAAGGAGAGAAGAGUGAUUAGAAUUUAGUUUUCAGGCUAAGCUUCAAAGCUUGGAUAUUAUUCAACGAUGAUUGGAAUGGAAUGAGAUGAGAUUAGGAUGGAAUAAGGGGGAAAAAUUAUCAUACUUUUGUAUGGAUAAUCUAUGAAAUGACUGAGAUGAGACGAGACGAGAUGGGAUUGAAUGAAAUGGAAAAAAAGGGAAGAAAAAACAGUAGUUUACUUGUGUAAUGAUGAAACCAAAGAAAGUUUUCAUUCCA